GAUUAUAGACUGUCAUCACAUGAUAACACUAAACGCAAAAUGGCGUCGUCAAGAUGGUGUGUGAUGUUGCUAACUAUCGCUCUUGUGCAUUGUUUUGUUUCUGUUGGUUGCACGACUGAGACAUGUUCUGGCGAUGACGGCAGCAAAUGUGACAGUGAAGAAAAAAAGGACUGUGGUUGUUCUAAGAGCAGACAACACUCAGAAUCAAAGUCAUCAAAUUCAGAGGGCGUGCAAGCAGACGACGCAAAGAAGAAAUAUCACCCCCAAAGCAACAUUAAGAGUCCAUACAAGAGAACAAAUAAGAUGGUUCCCAUACCAGGAGGCACAUUUACAAUGGGCACUGACAAACCCGUAUUUCAAGCAGACGGCGAAGGUCCUGCCAGGAGGGUCAAGGUUGAUGCAUUUUAUCUUGAUAAGUAUGAAGUGAGCAACGCAGAGUUCGAACUGUUCGUGGACCACACUGGAUAUAAAACUGAGGCUGAGGGUUUCGGUAAUUCUUUUGUAAUGGACAAAUAUCUCAGCGAGGAAGAACUAGGAAAGAUUACACAAGCUGUGGCUGCAGCUCCCUGGUGGCUGCCAGUAGAGGGCUCUGACUGGAGGCAUCCUGAAGGACCAAAAACGUCUAUAAAAGAGCGGAUGGACCACCCUGUGAUGCAUGUGUCCUGGAAUGAUGCGGUGGCCUACUGUACAUGGGCCGGCAAGAGGCUUCCUACAGAGGCCGAGUUUGAGUUUGCGUGUAGAGGUGAACUGGAGAACAGGUUAUUCCCAUGGGGUAAUAAGAUGAUGCCUAAGAAUGAACACUGGAUGAACAUCUGGCAAGGGGAAUUCCCGAAGGACAACACCAGGGAAGACGGCUACUUUGGCACAAGUCCUGUCACUGCGUUCCCAGAUCAGAACAAGUUUGGCUUAAAGAACAUCAUCGGCAACGUGUGGGAGUGGACCAGUGACUGGUGGGAGACUAAGCAUACAAAAGACUUCAAGGAUAAUCCGAAAGGACCAAGCACAGGAGUCGACAAAGUGAAAAAAGGGGGUUCAUUCCAGUGUCAUGAGUCCUACUGUUACCGGUACCGAUGUGUAGCCCGCAGUCAAAAUACGCCUGAUAGCUCCGCAGCAAAUCUGGGAUUCCGAUGUGCUGCAAGCAAACUGCCAAGCUAUUUGAAAGACGCAAAAUAAUUCAUGUCAAGACAUUUGCUCAAGAGUAUAUCAUUUGAAGCUUUUCAUUAUUUUCACAAUUACUUUUGUGUGCAAAGAUGACUAGGUUUAUGGUGUAAGGGAUCAAUUCAAAUAUAGGCGUACCACCAUUCAUCAUGCUACCAUGAUACUGAAAAAUUAUCCAUUUUAAGUAGUUAAAUAGAUGCAUAAUUUGUUUCUACUUAAACCUCUUCUAUGUUCAGCCUUUUCACGCAAUAACUGUGCAUUUGAAUACAGUAAACUAUGUUUAUAACAAACACGCAUAUCAGGCGCUAUGAAGCCAAUUUUUUCAUGUAAGCCAAUAGGUUGCAAAGCUUUAUAUUUACAUAGUAUUGAGGGCUUGCCCAACCUUUUUAGCAAACGUCAUGUGUAAGCCUGGACUUUUUUAUAAUGGUAGCUACACCCCUACUUAUAACAAACUAACCGAUAUCACGAACUGUUUUGGGGGUCCCCGCCACCUGCCAUAUUAGUCAAAGUGUGUAUACGAAACUACAGUUGAAACGGCCAAUGAUUAGUGGUCACUUUGAGCUUGUUAUAACCGUAGUUUACUGUAAAUUGAUUACACAUAGCAGUUCAUAGAAAAAUGGCAGCUGAUGAAUAACCCAUCAGAACUCAUAGUGUGUUUCCUCUAUGAGAUGCUCUGUCUCUAAUACACGAGGGUCAAUGGUUCAAGUAAUUACUUGGUACAGGGGCAUCCAUUUUGAGAAAAUAUGGUACAUUUGAUGUUAGAUGUUUAUUGUGAUGGUAUGUUUUGGUAAAGUUAUCAUCUCUGAUUAAUUAUGAGAUGCUACAAAGCCAUGACAAUAUUUUUAGGACCUAACAGAACUUUAUUUUUUUGCAUUUAUAUCUUUUCAUAAAUCCAAAAUUUUAAGAAGACCAACAUAAUGUUCUGUAAACUUGCAUGAUUCCAAACUGGGAAUCUUACCAGUGUUAUCACAUGACAAAGCAUUAUAUAAAUAAUACUCAAAACAAUGUCCAAGAUAUUUUUACGGAUUAAACUUCUUUUUAAUUUCAUAUUGUGAGAGAAAUUAAAAAGAAGUUUAAUCCAUAAAAAUAUCUUGGACAUCAAUGUACAACUUCUAAAUGCCACUGAAAGACAUCAUACUCAAAACAAGUUAAGGAACACAAUUGGAUGUGAUAACACCGCUGGAAGUCUGUGGUUCCCAAGUCCACCAGCCAUGACAUAUUAAUAAUUGUCAUAUGAAAACAUCUGGUGCUAACUUCUAUUGAGUAGUAUCAUUUGACCCCUAAUCAUGUGACGCAAUAAUAGUUUAGGCCAGACCAAUUUUAUUUCUUGAUUUACGGGGUUUUGUCCUCAGAAAACCUAAAGGCAGGAGGGCAAUUUAUGAAGUUUAUAUGGGGCAAAAAACAAUCCCAAAAUACUUUUUUUAAGUUGACAUUUUUGGCCAAUAAAAACAUGAGGAUUUAUUUUUUGAGUGGGAAAAUUCAUAAGUGGAAAACAGUACUAUAAGGGUUUAUAUUGGAUCUACAUUUUGCCCCUUCAUCAGAUCAGUGUGUAUUACCAAUAGGCUUUCACAAAUUUCCAGAACAGCAUUCACAGCUAAUACUUGGUUUCAACUGAAUCAGUAUUGUUCUAGUGCUGUUUGCUACAAACAAACACUCAUACUUUGGUUUUAAAAUAUUCAUUUUAGGAAAUACUUUUGAAAAAAAAUGAUGGCUUGAAUCCUUUGUGAUCAUGACAAAGAUAAAGAUUAGUGGAAAUAUGUGGAAGAUGAGUUGACAGGUCAUGUAUAAUUAGAAGAAACUGCAGCUAAGAACUACCACACCCCAUGUACAGUCACCGCCAUUGUACUGAACGGACAUGUGUGUCCCGAAGUGAGUGAGUGAGUUUCCUUUUAUGCUGCUUUUAGCAAUAUUCCAGCAAUAUCACGGAGGGGAACACCAGAAAUGGGCUUCUCACAUUGUACCCGUUAAGGGAAUCAAUUCCGGGUCUUCGGUGUGACAAGCAAACGAUUUAAACACUAGGCUACCCAAAGUAAAUUAGUCCCAAAGUGAAAGCUUGGUCCCUUCAUAUUUUGUUCUUAUUCAUCAUUUUUCGAUUGUGUUAUACCUCAGAAAACCCAAAAUAUUUACGUUGGUCCCCGUCAACUUAAACACAAUGGUGCUGUAUAUAAUCUUCUACAGUUUCUGUAGUGAGUGUUUUAUUGUAUACAUUUUCCACAGCUAUUACAGUGACUCAUAUUUAUUGAUGAAUAUAUUUUUACAGUUAUUUGAUACUAAUAAUAAUUUUAUUCUUCAUCUUCUGUAUAAAAUGGUAAUGUGAAAAUGUAACAGUGCCUUGAAGUCUUAAACAAUAUUUACUAGAAUUUCAUCCAUUUUAUUAAAAUGUGAUGCAGGAGGCAGCUUUUUAUGAUUUUACUCAACUACUGAUAUGAAAAUCUAAUAAUUAUUUUUUAUGGCCUAAGAUUUGUCAUUUAUGUAGGGAUGAGGGCUACAGAAGGAGAGAGUAGUGUCAAACAUGGGGAGUUGUCUUCCUCGAAUCCACUCAUGGUUGAAGAAGUCCACCUCUAUUGCAUAUAGUUAACUUCUCAACAUCGACGUCUUUGUAUUACUUUAGAAGGUGCAUAAUAUUAAUAAUAUAACAAAUGUCAGCACAUUGCAACAUUGUAUUAAUAUUUUCCAUCAUAGAAGUGUAUAAGCACAUCAUUCUGGUAAAAAUUAUGUAUGAUAUAAUCUGGCUAUUAUAAAUCAUAUAAACUGGUAAUCAUAAAUGGUAUAAACUGGCUAUUAUAAAUGAUAUAAACUAAUUAUAAAUGAGAUAGACUGGCUAUUUAAAUGAUACAGUCUGGCUAUCAUAAAUGAUAUAAUCUGGUGAUUAUAGAUUAUAUAACAUGUCCCAGCUAGUCAACAGUAGUAGCAUUUUGUCUUGUGAAUAACAUUGAGACUGAUCAGAAUUAGGAUGAUUGAAGUAACUGGCACAGGCUAAUAUUCACAUUUUGUUUCAUGAGAAGGAACUGAAAUCCAAUGAAUGUUUUCUCUUGUAGUUCAGAACAGCAGUAUUUGCAAAAAUAAUGGAUAUUAUAAAAACUGAAAAUUUAUUUUUUACUUUCCCAUCAUCAAUUAUACAUAUCAGUUGUGAAAGACAUCUUGUACUCAAUGGGUAACAUAGGUAUAUGUAUAGCUAUGCAUUGACAGUAUGUGAACAGCCACAUCCUUGACAUUUGAUGAUGUGUUCAACAAUUAGCUACAUUUUUAUGGAAAGAGUGGCGGCUGAGUGGGUUAGAUUGCUGACUUUGUGUGAUGACAGUUAGGUGCUGACUCAGUGGGUUAUAAUCCCAAAUGGGACUAAACCCCCCAAAGUCCUCAAAUCUGUAUACUUUACUGAGAAAGUGUAAACGCAAAUAACACAACUGUUAAAUUUGACCACUUUCUAAAUGGCAUUGUGUAUUCAUAGAUUUUGGCCGUGGGAGCCAUGUGAAGGUACAUUUGUCAGAGGGGUACACAAAGUAAGUGAUACUGAUUACCAGUUGUCCCACUUCCAUUUUUGGGGAAAUUACAGUGGCUGAGUGGGUUAGAUCGCUGACUGUGUGUGCUGGCAAUUAGGUGCCACAUUAGGUGCUUGCGUCCACUCAUAGUUGAAGAAGUCCAACUCCAUUACUCAUAGUUAGUUUUCUCAACAUCAACUUGUUUGUUUGUUCCAGAAGUUGCAUGAUAUUAAUGUAACAAAUAUCUGCACAUCGCCCCAUUUUAUUCAUAGUUUCCAUCAUAGAAGUGUAUAAGCACAUCAUUCUGUUAUUGUAAAUGAUAUAAUCUGGUAAUUAUAAAUGAUAUAAUCUGGCUGUUACGAAUGAUAUAACCUGGUACAUGUAAUUAUAAAUAUAAAAAAACUGGUAUUUAUAAAUGAUGAAAUCUAGUAAUAAUGAAUGAUAUAACCUGGUAAUUAUAUAUGAAAAAAUCUGGUAAUUGUGAAUGGUAUAAUCUAGUAAUAAUAAAUUCUAUAACCUGGUAAUUAUAAAUGAUAUAAACUGGCUAUCAUAAAUGAUAUAAUCUGGUAAUUAAAAAUGAUAUAACAUGUUCCAGCUAGUCAUCAGUAGUGGUGUUUUAUCCUUUGAAUUACAUUAAGAUUGAAAAGAAUUUACAGAAAAGUGUAAUCCCAUAUAUAACCUGUUAAAUUAGCUUCAUAGACAAUGGCUGUGCAAUAACAGAUGAUAUAUACAGUCUUCCAUUGUUCAUGUUUUAUUGUCAACCACACAAUGAAAUCAAAACUUUUAUUUUUAAAUAUAUGAGUCUUUCUGAUAUGUAUUUAUUCUUUACAUGUAUUCAUUCACAUGAUGUGAUCUCUUUAUAUAUAUAUGAAAUAAAAAUGUUUACCGCUUCUAGAAGUUUAGUGAGCUGCCUGUUUGAUAACGAAGGAUCUAAAGUUAAUAUGGACACAGCCUUGUUCUCAGCAUGCAAUAGUUAUUAAAUUAACAUGGAUUGUUGUCAUACAUUUAACAUGUUUAAAGUCUUGUAUCAUACCGACACAAUGUUUCUAUUGUAAUGCGUUCAUUACUAAACAUUUCUGUUGGGUUUUUUUUCAAAAUUUUGCAUCCCAUUAUUUAGCUUUGAUGUGCACUGUACAUGUUUUAUGUAGUCAAGACCAUAAUGUGUUUGUUUUACAAGACACUAUAUCGCUGAAA